AACUCCUCCCCGCAGACAGCGCGUCCUGUCGCCUUUCCAGCGCAAUGGUCUCCUGGAUCAUCUCUAGACUUGUGGUACUCGUGUUCGGUACACUAUACCCUGCAUACUCAUCUUAUAAAGCUGUGAAGUCAAAAGAUGUGAAAGAAUAUGUGAAAUGGAUGAUGUACUGGAUAAUAUUUGCACUAUUCACUGCUGUGGAAGUGUUUACAGAUAUGUUUCUUUGUUGGAUUCCUUUCUACUAUGAACUGAAGAUAGCCUUUGUGGUUUGGCUGCUGUCCCCUUACACUAAAGGCUCCAGUGUGCUAUACAGGAAGUUUGUUCAUCCCACGCUUUCCUCAAAAGAAAAGGACAUUGAUGAGUACAUCUGCCAAGCGAAGGACAAAAGCUAUGACACACUGGUGCAUUUUGGGAGAAAGGGGCUGAAUGUUGCUGCCACAGCUGCAGUCAUGGCUGCAACAAAGAGCCAAGGGGUCCUGUCAGACAGACUGAGGAGUUUCAGCAUGCAGGAUCUGUCUUCCUAUCAGGAUGAGCCUGUUAACACCGGCCCUGGCACCACGCAGCCUGCAGCAGCACAGCAUCGGACCAGGUCUAUGAUGCGCAGCAAGUCGGAGAGCUACAACAAAGGACAGGAUUUUGACGUGACUGAGUAUGAGAUGUUGGGGUUGGACCAGUUGGACUCCAAAGAGUUGCUGUCCCAGACCAGUUCACCUUCUGAGUCUGAGUCCUCACCCAUUACACCCUCACUGACACCCCAGUCCUCCCCACCGCCCACACCCUCUCCACCUCCCUCACCUCCAGCUCCGGAGCAGCCUGAGGAGGUGGGGAGAGGGUGGCAGACUGCAUCCAGCUCUCCACAGCUCAGGCUGAUGAAGAGGAAGGCUCCUGAGCCUCCUCUUAGAGUCUUAAGGCCUCUCACAAGAUCCAGGAGUGCUCUUUCUUCGAACAAUGAAGCCAUGUGAAACUGUCCUACAGACUCCUCCAGCUGCCUUUGCUGCAAGAAGUAAAAAUACUGAAUGGCCAAAAGCUACAUGACUGAAGCAGCCUUGCUUUGGAAUAAGGUAUUACCAAAGUGACCUAUGAUGACCCCUCCAUAUAUAGCCUAGUAUAUGGCUUAUGAUUAAAAACAAUGAGGUUUUUUGACACUGAUAUAGUUCAAAUGAAUGAAUGGGCUCCAUGCUGAUAGACAUUUUGAGUUUGUGGGUUGUUGAAUAUGUAUUUAUGUACAGUUUGUGUGUACUUCAUGUUUCUGAUUUGAUUGUUUUAUAUAUCAGGUUUGGGUAGGCAAUUGCAUGUAUGUCUUCCUAGUCAUUAGUCCGCUGUUUAUUUAAAGGGAUAGUUUGGUUGUUGUUUUUUUAAGUGGGGUUGAAUGAGGUACAUCUCAAUAGUCAUUUUUGGUGUUUCAAAGGGUCAGUUUGGACUCUCCAAUGUCACAUAGUAACACAAACACACUAACCGAUUGAGGUGUGCUCCUGUGUUCUGCAUAGUAAAAUCACAGUUGUUGUCAAUGAGCAGAACAUAAAACAGACUUAGUUCCCCCCAGUGUAAACCUAAACAGCGACGUCUGACUGCAAGGUAAAUCUGUGAAAAUAUUCUAAAUAUAGCAUGAAGUCAAAGUGAUAUUAAUCUUUAAAGGUGGGCCUCUUUGGGGCGGCUAAAAUAUGACUUGCUGCUGCCUCUAUCCACAGCAGCUUAUCAUCUGUGUCCUGCUUCUCCAAACUGGGGACGUGCCGACCGCCACCUACUACUAAUACACCGACUAUAAAUAAGUGCCUCAUUCAACCUCACCUAAGUAACUCCAAAUUAUCCCUUUAACAGAAUGUACUGUCACUGAAUACUACUGCCGGCAUCGAGAGCGACAUGGUCACUGUUAGAGAAUGUGUUAAAAGCCAAGGAUCAAAAGAAAAGGCUGUUUUUUGACCCCUUUUUUUUUCGUUCCGAUGAAAUAUCUGAAUCCUGCACUGAUUAAUUGUCACAUUACGUUAUUUAGAAAUCACUAAAACCCCAUUCGGAGAUGAGACAUCCUACCUUAGUAGUAAAGAAAAGUCGGGCAGAAGUGGCAGAGAAUAUUCCGUUAUUUACCUCUCUAUUAAAGCCUUAAAGAAAGACAUACAAAUAUAAGAUGUCACCACACAUGCUAUAAGUAUUUCUAACUAUGUUCUCAUUAAACAAUCAUUUUGCACUAUGUUAAGAAUAUAAAAUGACUGCCCUCAAUGCUCAUAAAUGGCCAAAAAAAAUAGUCAUAACAAAUCAGUGGCUUUUUGUUGUCACCAAUAACAUUAUCAUUAUUAGUUAUUUCUUCUGUGGUAAAGAAAUAAUUACUUGUGUAACAAGGUCACGACUACAAGAGGUUUCCUCAGUGGUGCAGACUGUUUUUGACAAUCUACUGUUCAGUUUGUUAGCAUGUUUUGUCAUUUGAUUGACAAUUGAUUUGGCAGUUAAAGGCCAAUUAGGAAUAUGUUACUUUCAGUUGUAGCAGAAAUAGGAUAUGAGUAAAUAUUAACUGUUUAUGAACAUGGUUCUUUUUCCAUGUUUGGAAUCACUGUGUAGUGCUUUGCUGUUAACCGAGCAACACUAAUCCCAACGAGCUUAACUUCUACUUGCUUUAUCUUUUUUUAGGAACUCAUUAGAGGGACUUUACUAGUUCGCAGGUUUACAAAUAGACAUCUAUGUUAAUAUUGCAUGGUGAUGCACUGUUUUCAUCCUGUACUUUAUUCAAUGAGCCUGAAUCAUAGCAACAUUUUACAUCACUGUGUUUGGUUGUCGAUUGGUGGACGUUGCGCUGUAGAUUUAUAAUUUUUCAUCAUAUCUGUAUCACGUAGGGGCGGGUUGAAGUUUGAGACAAAAGCUUCUCAGGUACAAAUGUUCUGUUUACACCUCAUUCACUCUGAUGUUGUAGAUACACUUGUUAUGCACAUGAAAAUGUCCUUUUAAUGGAUAUA